AUGAUCGGCGUGGCGUUUGGGUGGACCCAAACGGCAGCUGCUCCUCGUCUCUUAUCGCGCCUGCCCCAGCCCUUCUCCGCCCUUUUCUGCCCUUUUCCGCCCUGCCAGGUGGAGGGCUUCGUGAUGAUCGGCGUAAGCAAGAGGGCUCUUUGCUCCUGGCUGGCUGCUGCCCUUGACAAGGUGAAGUGCGGUGAUGCGAGGGUGGUGGGGAUCAUAUCGUACGGCUACGAUUUCUUCAGCAUGGUGGCGAGCUACCGCCACAUGUUCCGCUCGCUGGGCGGCUGGCCCAUCCUGCUGCGCUUCCACGUGGAGUACAACAUCACCCUCAAGAUCCUCCAGCCACAGUUCAACAGGUUCAUGUCGGCUCAAAAGGUGUCAUCCGGCCUGUACCUAACCCCCCCACCAAACCUCCCCUCCCUCCCGCGGCCACAGGAGCUGGUGGAUGCGUACAGCUACCGUGACCGCCUCACCAUGCCCAAGCUCAUUGUCUCUGCUGCCAACGACGAGUUCUUCGCCCUCGAUGACAGCUUCUCUGCAGGUGGAGAGGGAGGAUGGGGGAACAGAGGUGGGGAGGGUGGUGCGGAUGGGGAAAGGGGGGAAUGGGAAUCUGAUGGAGACUUUCAGUACUUCAUCGCUUCAAAGCUCCCACCGUCCAUCUCCCACCGUCCACCUCUCACCGUCCACCUCUCACCGUCCAUCUCCCACCGUCCAUCUCCCACCGUCCAUCUCCCACCGUCCAUCUCCCACCGUCCAUCUCCCACCGUCCAUCUCCCACCGUCCAUCUCUCACCAUCCACCUCUCAGCGUCCAUCUCCCACCGUCCAUCUCCCACCGUCCAUCUCUCACCGUCCACCUCUCAGCGUCCAUCUCCCACCGUCCAUCUCCCACCGUCCAUCUCUCAGCGUCCAUCUCCCACCGUCCAUCUCUCAGCGUCCAUCUCCCACCGUCCAUCUCUCAGCGUCCAUCUCCCACCGUCCAUCUCUCAGUUCAUCUUUCACCGUGCAUCUUUCACGGUUCAUCUUUCACCUUCUCACCUGAUCAUUGGCAAUGCACCUCGUCCCACCUGAUACUCCCCUCUCCGCCCCGCAUCCCCCCCCCCUGUGCACCAUGGGGCAGCUACAACUACUGGGAGGGGCUGCCGGAGCCCAAGUUCCUGAAGCUGCUGCCCAACAUCGACCACAUGGUGCUGCACUCCUCGCAGUGGGGCUACGACGCCUGCAUGUCCUUCUUCCUCGCACUGCUCCACGACACCUCCUCCUGCGCCGCCCUGCCCCCGUCCAGCCGCCCCUCCCUCACCUGGCUUCCCCCCAACGCCUCCUCCCCUUCCUCCUCUCACCAACCCUCAUCUUCACCCCCCUCCUCAUCCAAUUCUACCGACACCAGCAGCAGCAGCAUUGGGAGGGCGGGGCUGUUCUCGCUGGCGUUGGGGGGGCGCCCUGCUGCCCCUCCGCUGCUGCUGCCUUGGACCUGCUUCCCUCUGCUCACACACGUGCUCUGGCCCAAGCUGACGUGGCGCUUUGAUUGGCCCUCCUACACCAUCCAUGCCACGUCAGAGGUUAAACCUGUGGCUGUGCAAGCAUGGUACGGGAAUGUGGGAGCAUGGACUGGGAAGACCUUCAUGGGCAGCAAGCGGCGUGACUUCCGAUUCAUUCUGCACCAAGGCAGGACGGGAUGGUGUUCACCAGCUGCUCACUCCAAGUGGGUGUUGCUGCUCCGGUUGGAUGGGUUGCUGUGGCCACAUGGUGAAACGUUCACCAGCUGCUCACUCCUUCCCACCAUGUGGGUGUUGCUGUGUGUGAUGCGUUUUGCACAACCUCAGUGCCUUGCCGUGCCUCCUCACUGUCUUGCCGUGCCUCCUCACUGUCUUGCCGUGCCUCCUCACUGUCUUGCCGUGCCUCCUCACUGUCUUGCCGUGCCUCCUCACUGUCUUGCCGUGCCUCCUCACUGUCUUGCCGUGCCUCCUCAUUGUCUUGCCGUGCCUCCUCACUGUCUUGCCGUACCUCCUCACUGUCUUGCCGUGCCUCCUCACUGUCUUGCCGUGCCUCCUCACUGUCUUGCCGUGCCUCCUCACUGUCUUGCCGUGCCUCCUCACUGUCUUGCCGUGCCUCCUCACUGUCUUGCCGUGCCUCCUCACUGUCUUGCUGUGCCCCCUCACUGCCUUGCUGUGCCUCCAGUACAUUCUGUGCUGCCGUUCCAGGGCCCGGCGGGGAGCUACGUGAGCAGGCUGGGGAAGCUCUGUGUGCAACCCAUCGCCUUCUUCCAAGAUAAAGUCACGCCCCCUACAAGGAAGGACGAUGGCAAGUGGCAUUUCAGCGCCACUGUCAGCGACAUUCCCAAGGUGGGGUAUCGGGCGUUGUGGAUUCAAGUGGAUUAUGACCUUCCAAGUUACGACAAACCCUUUUCCAUCACCACUGAAGCCAUGGUAGCGCCAAACAACUACCCUUUUGAGUAUUGCGACACGGCAAAAUGCCACAAUGUCCUGGUUUAA